GCCCCGGAAGCGGAAGUGUGACUGUGGUCUGUCAGAGAGUGUUACUCGGUGGUCCAGAAAUCCAGGGAAGUCGUUGUCGUUUAAUUUUUGCAGGCUCUCGAGCGCUUCCCCCCUGGCGGGUGGGAGUGCAGAGAGGAAAGUGCAAGAUGAGCACCAUGUUCGCGGACACACUGCUCAUCGUUUUUAUCUCCGUGUGCACGGCUCUUCUUGCCGAGGGUAUAACCUGGGUCCUGGUUUACAGGACAGACAAGUACAAGAGACUGAAAGCGGAGGUGGAGAAACAGAGUAAAAAACUGGAAAAGAAGAAGGAAACAAUAACAGAGUCAGCUGGUCGACAACAAAAAAAGAAAAUAGAGAGGCAAGAAGAGAAACUGAAAAAUAACAACAGAGACCUAUCCAUGGUCCGAAUGAAAUCCAUGUUUGCAAUUGGCUUUUGUUUUACUGCCCUAAUGGGAAUGUUCAAUUCCAUAUUUGAUGGUAGAGUGGUGGCAAAGCUCCCUUUCACCCCCCUUUCCUAUAUCCAAGGACUGUCUCAUCGAAACCUGCUAGGGGAUGACACCACAGACUGUUCCUUCAUUUUUCUGUAUAUUCUCUGUACCAUGUCAAUUCGACAGAACAUCCAGAAGAUUCUUGGUCUUGCCCCUUCACGAGCUGCCACCAAGCAGGCAGGUGGAUUUCUUGGUCCUCCACCUCCUUCUGGGAAGUUCUCUUGAAAUCAAGAAGAACCCUGUAAUUCCUGUCAUUCUUUUGAAACAUUCAAAUUAGACUGACAACUAUUUUGUAGCAAGAGCCAUAGACAACCUUAGCACUUGGGCCACUUUCUAGUGCUGAGUUAUUUCUAGCCUUUUUGGGUAUGAUUCAAAUGAGAAUGGCACCGAGCAAACAUGAUAGUACUUUCAGUCACAGAUUAAUUUUUAGAAAAAUAAGUUUGUUGGUUAGAUAAGUUCAGGCGUUGUUUAUGUAAUGAGAAGCAAAUAGCAUCUUUCUUGUUUGGCCUACAUGGAUAUUUUCUGUGGGCCUGACUCUCAAGUCUGUGCUGUGUGCCAUGUACCAUGGAAAUUGGCUCUCCAUGAGCAUUUAGAGAUCUGGAAGAAAAAUUUAGUUUGUGAUAUCUUAAUUGGAACUAUUUGUUGUACAUUGUUUCCAAGCCAAAUAUAUGACCCAGGAUCAAUAAAGACGCCAAAAUUUUAGCUAUUUCA